UUGCGGCGUGACGGACGCCAACAGCGACCACCCGUUCGCGCGAUUCAAAACCACGAACCAAAUUCCCCAAUCCCACGGUCGUGCACGCCAAAACGAACGAACGACAUAUCCGAACUCCUCCUCCUUCCCGAGCAAGCCAGGUCCCGGUCCCGGUCGUGCGCGGAUCCGCCUUCUCCAAUCCGAUCGCCCCUGGCGCGCCAUCGAGCCCAGAUUUAUGCGGCCGUACUGCCGCGCGCGCCCCAGCCAUGCAGCAGAGUAGCAGCGGGGAACAGGGUUUGACUGCCGCGGAGUUGCGGGGAGUAGUAGAUUGGUCGCAAUGGCGAGCCUGUCGGACUCUGGUGGUGGUGGCGGCGGCGGCGGCCGGUCUGGCGCGGAGCUGAUGGUGCCGCAGUUCCACCUCAAGGCGCUGCACGCCAUCCUCGCCGCGCGCGCGCCGCGCCCGAUCGCGCCGGCGCCAGCGUCGGCGGCGGUGCGGAGGCGGGACAGGUGGUUCCACCUGCCGCUCCACGCGCCGCCCGCGGCGGAGCACGUCCCGGAGCCGGCCCUCGGGGAGCCGGUCGUGGUGGACGUGUACCUGGCCCCGUCGGCCGGCGGGGAGGAGGAGGAGGUGGUGGAGAGGUGGACGGUGGCGUGCGAGCCCUGGUCGGCUGGGGAGAGGGCGGCCGCCGAGGCGGGGGAAGGGCUGGCCGUCAACAGGGCGUACAAGCGCUGCAUCACGCUGCUCAGGUCGCUCUACACCACGCUCCGCCUUCUCCCGGCGUACCGCGUCUUCCGCACGCUCUGCGCGUCCGGCCAGGGCUACAACUACGAGAUGGGCCACCGCGUCGGCUCCUUCGCCGCCCCUUUCUCCCGCGCCGACGAGGCGGCCAUGCGCACCCGCGGCUUCCCCCCCGUAGAGACCCACCUCGGCCGCCUGGUCGUGUCCGUCCAGUACCUCCCCAGCCUCGCCGCCUACAACUUCGAGAUCACGUCUCUCUCCUCCGCCAUGCUCAUCACCGAUUACGUCGGGAGCCCGGCAGCGGAGCCUAUGCGCUCCUUCCCGUCGUCGCUCACAGAGCCUGCCAGCUCGGCCUUGCCGCUGCCCUCACGCCGCCCCAACAGCUGGGCGUCGCCUGCUGGUGCCUACUGGCCACAGUCGCCCGGGCAGCACGCCAAGUUCUCACCGCCCCCAACGCUGUACGCGUCUCCCACGCCAUCUCCUCCCACGUUCGGUGGCGGCUACCUGCAGUCGCGGCUGUGCGGGGAGACCGCACCAAUGAGCAUACCGCAAGCGGGCGGAGGGAGGGGCCCUGUCCAGUAUCGGAACAUGUCCGAUCCCAGCAGGGGGUUCAUGCUACCUCCACCUUCACCCAAGAGCGUGCGAGGGGAGGCACGGUCACACGAGUCACUCACAGAGAGCGGCCGCUCAUCCCGGAAGGCAGAGGGGCUCCGGAUAGCCGAUCUCUACGCUAACUUGCCUGCUGCUCCAAAGACUAAGGACAGUAGGGAGGAAUCUGGUAGGUUCUCAGGUGUUUUCUCCUCUAGUGGUUCCCCACGACAUGGGAUUUCAAGGAGUUCAAGCAGACUGUCUACGCAAGAUGAUACUGAUGAUGCAUAUCUUCCUUUUGCUGUGGAUGAUGUCGAUGCACCUGAUUCCAGACCUGGGAGCAGUGGUGGUAAGGAGGACCAGUCGGCUUCGUCCUCGCAUAAAUCACAAGAUGCUGCGGUUGGCUAUCUUGUCCAUCUGCUGAGGUCUGCACGUCCGUUGCGAGAUCCUAGCAAUUCAUCUGUUACAUCAAGGGCUGAAUCUACCGAAGCAGGCAACACCAGCUCGUUCAUGUCCCGUAGAACGUCUGAUGCAUUCGAGGAGCUUGAAUCUUUCAAAGAUAUAAAGGAGAACCUGCUCUCCCGUAGUAGAUCUAGAAUGCAAGAUUCAUUCGAUAGAUCCUAACUUAACGGACGAAGGCUCCCAAUCAGCCAAUCACACAGGAUACUAUUACACGGUAAGAUCGGUAGUCCGUAUUGAUGAGUGAGGAUAUCUCCAUGAGCUAUGUAUAUAACCAUCAACUGGCACUUGUUUUACGGCACCUCAUUCUCAAACUCAAGCAGUCUCAUGAUCCGCCUCUGUUGAUAGUGUUUUGCAUAAAAGCAAAACCGACAGGAUUCUUGUUGCUGGAAACCCACUGGUGUGUGUUUGGAAUUAUAUAUAAUCAUCAUCAUACUGAACUAUUUAUUUGUUCCAUGUCA